AUGGCAGGUUUAUUUGAACAACGUGAUGUACCAGCCGAUCUAAGCGCACUUCUAUUCGCAAUCUACUUCGCUGCAGCCACGAGUUUGCUAUUUAUCAAUGAGGGCGAUUUCUUGGGCGGCCAGAAACAUGAGACGCUGCAGAAAUAUCAACGGGGAUUGGAAGUCUCACUGUACAAUUCUUCGUUUUUGGAUUCGCCGACUAUGACCUCUCUACAGGCUAUGGCUAUCUAUGUUCGAUGUCGCCGAUUCCAUAGUAGUGGUCGCUCCAACUGGGUUUUGAACGGUAUGACAAUAUACGCGGCUCAAUCAAUCGGGCUCCAUCGCGACGGAAGUAAUUUCAAUCUCCCGAUUCUGGAAUGUGAGCUGCGACGUCGCCUGUGGUGGUAUAUUACAACCGCCGAAAAGCGAGUGGCUGAAGAUCAUGGGCUCGUCGGAGGCUUUGAGACUAUCUCUAACACCAAGCUGCCAUUGAACCUUGACGACAGCGACCUUAGUCCCCAGUUGGAGACUCCGCCAGUCCCCAAGGAAUCGUGGACGGAGAUGACCAUGUUCUUGAUUACUGCAGAGGCGAGUAAGAUAUUUGCGCGCAUCCACCGGGUUUCGUUACAAUCACAACAUGGUAGAGAUGUGCAUGAUGAAUCGCGGAAGCUCGUGGCCGACCUUGACGCUCGCUUGAGUAAAACAUAUCUGAGAUACUGCGAUCAGAACGUUCCAAUCCAGAAAGCUACGUUUCUGUUGGGUCGGAUACUCCUAUGUAAAGCAAAGGCUCUGGUGCACAUCCAGUCGCUCAAUGGUCUGAGUGCUGAGCAAUCUGCAAACCACAUUGAUGAGGAGACUCUCUCCUAUGCAUGCGAGGGUCUCGAAUGCUGGUCGGAGAUGCUGACGGACGAAGUACUGAAAAGCUACAGCUGGCUAUCCUCCACCUUCACUCCGUACCAUUUUCUCACCUAUGCCCUGUGGCAUUUGUGUAUCUGUCCCAAGACCCCUGGUGUUGAGCGAGCCUGGAACGCCAUCCAUACAUGCUUUGACUUAACAGAGCGUAAUGCAGGAUGGCGAGAGCCUGAUCCCCAUUGGGCCGUUCUAUGUCGACUUCGACAGAAGGCAUUGGCGAUCCGACGAUCCUGUUUAGGCCCGAAGGCAGGAGAGGAACUACCUUGUCAAGAUUCCUUGGACCAGGCAGGACUGCCUGAUACAGGCCCUGAUAUUGACAUUGGGGAUAACUCGAUGCCCUGGGAUCUUGAUCCUCUUGCAUUCUUUGAUUGGGCCUCCUUUGCCCCGACGUUCUAAUGGUGCGUAUGAUGGGCUGUAUCUGAUGGUUUAUCUUGUGCCAGAGUCCAUAGUGCUAGGCGAUGACGUUUCUGAACGC